AUGUCUUUGCAACUGUGCGACUUGACUGCUUUUUCUCAGUCCAGUUUCUUUGCAGAUGCCUUGACGAGGAACGUGACCUGCCACUCAUGCAAGCAACGGCAUAGCGACAUAUGGGAUCUUCUGAAGCACUGCUACACCGCUCAUGGGUUGCGAAUCUGCCAGGAGGACCUGCCGGACGAGGGCGACGUCUCGUGCACGUCGAACAGUUCACCGGUAACAUCAGCUGAGUCGACGAUCAUGCUCUCAUCUGUAUACAGAGAAGAUAAAAAUGCUCUAGCAAAAGGACUGCAACCGUCGGCAAAGAGUGCCUUCUCGCUGAACGCUUUCUGCUCGGAGCGAUUGAAGGAGAUCGCCGAAAAAGCCGGCGAGCAAGAGUUUAAACCUAACGCCUCGUUGGAGAAGAAUCUCAAGAGGUUACUGCCACCUGAUGAGACUGAUGACGAGCAUGUGGCGAGCGCUUUCACUGCGACCACUGGAAGCCUUGCUCCACCACGAAAUAGCCUCGUAUCCCAAAUGGCGCUCGCUAUGCAGCAUCAGCAACAUCAACCACCCAGCUCAUCUUUGCAGAGCAUGUGGAUGCAGCCAGCGGUGUUGUCGGCAAUGCAGGACUACUACACGCAAAUGUCGCAGUAUCCCAAUCUGUCGCAGUUGAACAACACCGCCACAGCAGCACUGCUCGCUUGUGGCCUUGGAACUCAUCUAGCUGUUUGCAGUGAUGAGCCGUCUGCGUUCACACCGAAUCCGGCUCGGCCAGCAUCAGCUGUUCGAAGACGACAAUCUCCGGAGGAUUCGGCUCCACCUAAAAAGAAUCCUCGCACCGAAGACGAGAGCGAACAGUUAAUCGUCGUCGAUGAUGGUGAACUCGCUGAACCGGCCGCUCGACGUCAAGUGAACGUGAAGAAGGAGCGGUGUACCUUUUGCAGCAAGGCGUUGAACGUCUCUCACGCUCCGGCACGUCAACCGUUGGCGUCAGUUGGAUCUGUUGGGGCCAAGGAGGAAUUCCAGGAAGUUGACGAAGACAUGGAGGAUUCAGAAGCUUCCGAGUUGAACGAGAGGCUCAAAAAGGAAGCGGCUGAAUCGUCAGCGGUCAGCGUCUAA